GGAGCUGCGUCGUCUCGUAGUUGGGAAUGCCAUUACUGGUAAAAAGAUGCUACCUGAGGGUCAAAUGCGUCAUUUCAAAGAUCCUUUGAAACGUAAAUUGUUAUUUAUGAGAAGGGAAACGCGCAAACAUAAAAGAAUUGAAUGAAAAAAAGUUUCAAAAUUUCCCUACAACACGCUGUGUUGCCGUCUUGCUGAUCUCUCUCUCCCCUCCUUUUUCUCUCUCUCUUCGCUGUCUCUCUCUCUCUCUCUCUCCGUCGCUGGCUCUUUCUCUAUCCUCGAGGCUCUUAGACCUGGUUUCCCAUCCGAAACCAGGUCGAUAGCUGGAAGAGUUCCUCUCCAGAUCUUAGUCGCUCUACGUUUAUCGUGUUCUCAGAUUUCAAGAACGUCUGAUCGCCCGCUCUAUCUCUUUCUCUCAGUCACAGAGUCUCCCAAAGCUACUUUCACCAUGAACGAUCUUCUAACGGACUCGUUUGAGAUCCCCCAGGGUCAAGCUUCUAGAGGUGGAGAUAUUGAAUUAGGAGCACAAGCUUCGAUGAAUUCAGGAGAACUGGGCUUGGAAAAUUUCUUUAAACAGGUUCAAGAGAUUGAUAAACAAUAUGAUAAGCUGGAUAAGCUACUCAAAAAGCUCCAGGAUGCACAUGAGGAGUCCAAAGCUGUGACUAAGCCUGCUGCCUUGAAAGCAAUCAAGAAACGAAUGGAGAAAGAUGUUGAUGAAGUUGGAAGAAUUGCCCGUUUUUUAAAAUCAAAAGUUGAAGAACUUGAUAAAGAUAAUUUGGCCAGUAGGCAGAAGCCUGGAUGUGGGAAAGGAACAGGCGUAGAUAGAUCAAGAACAGCAACUACUGGUGCCUUGAAAAAGAAGCUAAAAGAUAAGAUGACUGAAUUUCAGACCCUAAGGGAAACCAUCCAUCAAGAGUAUCGGGAAGUUGUUGAGAGGCGUGUUUUUACAGUGACGGGCACGAGAGCUGAUGAAGAGACAAUUGAUCGAUUGAUUGAGACUGGAGACAGUGAACAAAUUUUCCAGAAAGCAAUCCAAGAGCAAGGGCGAGGCCAGAUAAUGGACACGCUGGCAGAGAUUCAAGAGCGCCAUGAUGCAGUUAGAGAAGUAGAGAGAAAGCUUCUUGAGUUGCAACAGAUAUUCCUAGAUAUGGCUGUGUUGGUGGAUGCUCAAGGAGACAUGCUUGACAAUAUAGAAUCACACGUCUCAAGUGCUGUAGACCACGUGCAGUCAGGAAAUACUGCCCUCCAAAAGGCGAAGAGGCUGCAGAAGAACAGCAGGAAAUGGAUGUGCAUUGCCAUCAUUAUCCUCCUCAUCAUUGUCGUUAUCAUUGUUUUGGCCGUGGUCAAGCCAUGGAACAGCAGCAAGGGUGCUUAGCUGCUUGGCUCCUUGUAAUAUAAAGAUAUACUUGAAAAGAGUUGUGAAAUUGAUACCUCUGGAAUCCCUCCCGGCAUUUUUUUAUUCAUGGUUGAGAUGUUUUCUGUACCUAAGUUCUGGCUUCAUUAUCAUAAUCUAUAAUAGAUUACAUAUUUGAGUGUGUACCAUUGGUAAUUGGAACAAAUACGAAAUAUUCUAUAUUUUUGGGAGAUCUGUAGAAGGAUAUUUGUCCUGGACUUGUCAUUUAUAGCACUAUUCUACUUUGUUCUGUUUGAUA